CACUGGGCGCAUACACACACAUAUUCGCAUACACUCACACGCUGGGCUCACCAUAUUAUCGACAGAUCCGAGGAAGGAGUACAGAACGAGGAGAGCCCAUUGAAGUCACUUCUUCAGUGAGAGGAACCGAGAGGAAAAACGCAGAAAGAGAAGCAGAGGAAACCCCCCGAAAGGAAAUGCCAAUCGCAGCCGCUGGACAGCCAACGACUCUUGAGCAUAGAGUUUGCCCCCGGCUGCCCUCCACCCCGGAGCCUGUCCCUAAAGGGGCUGAUUUAUUCGACGAGGCGGGGGCGGCGGAGUCGGCGGAGCGAACAGAGUACGGGGGCGCGGAGGGGGGCAGAGGACUCGGGGGCUACAGCUACAGCGGCGCUAGGGGCUUUGUACCCGGAUCCACCAACGGCUCUCCGCCGCACUCCCCAGCCGCUUCCUCCUCUUUUCUCUUUCAUCCGCUACACCCCCACCAAAUAGCCAUGGAGCCCCCAAGGACUCGAUCGCGUUCUCGUUCCGGAUAUUACCAGCAGUACGGCGGUGGGAACGGCAAUGGAAUAACCGGCAGCGGAGUCAUGGGAUCUAACCAUCACCACCAUCACCAACAGCAGCAGCAGCAGCAGCAGCAACAACUACAUCCACAGCAGCACGGUGCCGGUUGCGCACCACUUGGAGCUCACAGCAACCACCCUGAGAACCAGCCAAGAGCCCCAGGAAGUAACGCCUCUCCCGGCAUUCAGAGGCUUUUUUCGGUUCCCGGAGCGCACCGCAUCCCGGCGGAAGGAGCCUCUGGCGGGUCAUACCACUGCCAUCCAGAUCAUGCAUAUGGAGAGGAGAGUGAUAAGAGCGAAGAAAGCCCCAGUCCAAAGCGCCAGAGGCUGUCCAGUCAGUCUGUCCUAGAACAGAUAACCUCAUCCGCCCCCCCACCUUCCACCCCAUCUCCCCCUAUCCGCCCCUGGGAAUCAGGACCCCCAAGUCGGAGACAGCCUCACCCCCACCCGCACUACCACCAAGAGAGAUGCCUCACCCCUGCUCGGCACAGACGCAGCCCGCCAGCAAGGCGUCAGCGCGGCCGUCUCUCCCGACCCCCCCGUCACCUGCCUCCCCACCACCAACACCACCCUUCCACCCAAAGCCCCGGCCCUCGCCUGUCGCCAUCCGAGCGCCAGGAUGAGAACUACCACCAUCACCCCCCCACACACCAGACAUACACGACGCACACGCCCAGCGCCUACAGUCAGCCUCCCACAGCCGGAGGCGGGGCGGUAGGCUUGGAGGAGCCGCGAGCUUUCCAUCCCCCCACCCUGUCGCCACGACUUCUGCACCCUGCUGCCCACCAUCAUCACCUUCACCACCACCAUCAGCAGCAGCAGCAGCAGCAGCAGCAGCAGCACCAGCACCAUCAUGCAGCUCAACAGCAGCAAGGAGCCAUGGUCAUGGACCUACAUGAACAGCUGCAGCAGGCCAGUGUACCGGUCUCCUACACGGUGACCCCCGUCCCCCCGCACAGCCUGGCAGCGCCCCUGUGUAGCGGCCAGCAUCUUCCCCCUACCUGUUCCUCACAACAGCAAGUCCCCGCCUGCAGUGUGGUCUUCAGCACUGGACAACACUACCACCCGAUGCUACAGGCUUGUUCAAUGCAACAUUUGCCGAUGCCCUAUGCCUUCCCCUCGCUGCUGUCCGGUGACCCCCAGUUCCUGCUUCCCCAUCCACCCCACCUCGCUCACCACCCGCCCCACCUCCCGACGCCCGCACAGUUCCUGCCUUUCCAGACGCAGCAGCCACGAUCGCCCUUACAGAGGAUUGAAAACGAGGUUGAGCUUCUGGGAGAGCAGCUUUCAGUGGGCGGAGGCUUUAGCUACGCACACCACCACCAUCACCACCAUCACCACCAGCCUCCCACCCCCCUGCCCCCCUCCACACCGCUCCAGUUCCUCUCGCACCAUGACCCCCUGUCGCAGGAGCUCUUCACAGUGCCCUAUCCACACUUUAUGCCUCGCCGAUUCACAAGCCGACGUUACCGCUCUCAGCAGGCUGUGCCCCCAUCACCCUACCACCCCAGCUUCCUGCCUUACUUCCUGUCUAUGCUCCCUGUGCCGCCCAAUGUAGCCCCCACCAUCAAUCUGGAGCUGGAUGUAGACGAUGGAGAGGUGGAGAACUAUGAGGCCCUUUUGAACCUGGCGGAGCGUCUCGGGGAGGCCAAGCCCCGCGGUCUAACAAAGGCAGAUAUAGAACAGCUUCCAUCGUACCGGUUCAACUCCAACAACCAUCAGUCUGAGCAAACAAUGUGUGUGGUGUGCAUGUGUGACUUUGAGUCUCGCCAGCUCCUCAGGGUCCUGCCCUGUAAUCACGAGUUCCACGCCAAGUGUGUAGACAAGUGGCUUAAGGCUAACCGAACCUGUCCUAUCUGUCGAGCUGAUGCCUCUGAGGUCCAGCGGGAUUCAGAGUGACCUCAUACGGACACUCAACACUCACAAUCCCACACUCCCUUUUGGAUGCACCAACCGUUCAGUGAACUGUCAUACACUUCCCCUCACACAUUCUGCCACAUACCUGGGGACCAGUGCUCCUUAGUCCUUCUCUCUUUAUCACCAAGAACAGAUAUACUAGCCUGGGAUCAGCAAACUUUCUACUGGCUCACUUUAUCACUGGACUUCCUCGGCCUUCGGUUUUUGGACUCUUACCCUCACUCUGCCUUUUGCUCAUAGUCACCCCUUUCUAUGAAUGGCCUUCGAAACACACAAACAGUGGCAUGUGCAGCUGGACAUAUAUAUGUGUAUUUUUUUAAUACUCAAUAUGAGCCCGAAAAAAGAAAUGGCAGUCCAAAGAGUAUGAUAAUUUAAUCCGGUUAUAAUUGAGCAUUCAAGUUUCUACUAGGCUUAUUAUAAGGACAGUUGAACAGCAUCGUUAAAUCUUUAAUUUCUGUACGUCCAUUCCUCGGUGUGAAAGUAGUCCGUAUGGGGUUAAACAAAGAAAAAGUACACUGUAUGACCAAGCAGCUUUGGAACAGUGAGACUUUAUUAGCUCUGUGCGCGUCUGUGUGUUGUUCUUCCUUUAAUAUUUAUACAGUUCAUGUGGUACAGUGCACUGACUUCCUUAAUUCAGUUUGCCCCUACUCGACUUCAGGUAGAUUUAAACUCACUGAAGGUUUAAGGCAACUUCAGACCUGUCUAUAGCCCAGAUUUGAUCACAAAUCACACUUAAGGAAAACCUCCAGGGAGGUCGACAAUGCCUUGGUGUUCCGUAUUUUUCCUUUUUUUUUUCUUACCAUUAUCAUCAGCACCCUCACUCCCUCACAUGAUGUCGGUACACUGUCCCGUCCCAAAUAAGUAACAGCUGGGGGCUUUUGUAAGCCAUGCUUCUCUGUGUUACAGUCUGCUGACCUGAAGGAAACAGAUCAGGACUUUUUUUUUCGCAACAUAUCCAACCUGUAUGGAAGUCCUAAAAGGCCAUGGUCCAUUUCUUUCAUUACCCCAAUUUCCCAUGGUAACAAUUUUUUCCUUCAAAAAAUGUUAUUAUCUCCAAAUAACACGUGUUGUUUACCUGAGAUAACGCCUAUUAUUUCAAUUCAUGAGAAAAUGUUUUCUUGUGAUCUUAAAUUAAUUGUGUUAUUAUCUCGAAAACAUUUAAUCUUUUUAAAAUUAGUUCAGGGAAAACAACAUUGUCGUGUAGGGAUAAUGACAUAAAUAACUUAAGAAAACUGAUCAAUUAUCACUGGAAAACAGGGUAAAUAGAAUGCUUGAACUAUGGCGCAUUAGGGCUUCCGUAGCUGGGCUUUCCUUUAAGGCAGUUUCCUACAGAGCUGAAUGCAUACAUAUUUCACUAAGACAUCCAUACAUGCUCAGAUUACUAGCUUUCUUACGGGAAUGAGGCCUUUUGAAAACAUGUUUCUAUAUCUGUCUCGAGCAGCUUUCUGUGAGUGUUGGUGGAUAUUGAUGCAAUGCUUUCUCCAUCAGUGAAAGGGGACACGUUUGAAGAGACUUAUAAGGUCAUAGCUUAAUCUACUGUUUCACCAGAUGGUGGUUGUGACACUUUAGCACUUUAAUAUGUAAGACCUACUCUUUUUUUCUCAUUCUAAAGAAACCACUGAUCAGUUUUUCUGCAGCCCAUGUGUGUUUGAGAAGUAUUUUACGUUUUUCUCACAUCCACAGCAACAAUACUGUAAGGCCGAGGUCAGCAUGUGAUACUGUAAUGGUUAAAACGUGUUCACCUCAUGCACAGAGCAGGAUUUAUGAUGUAACCUUUUCUACUCUAUCACAAACGGUGUUUUCUUUCAAUUGAGAUGCCCUUUCUAAUUUUUUGCAUCUUGUCUCUAUCCAAUGUAGCCACAUCAGACCAAACAUCUGCUCAGACCUCAGUUUAGUUUUCCAUGAAAUUUAAAUCAACAUUCUCAGUGGAGAACCAGAGAGAAGCUGUUGUCUGUGUAUAAAGUCCAAGGUAAUGGAGAGAAUUUACAUUUUCUGUCUUCUUUUUUCUUUGGGUAAAAGGCCAUAUUUAUGACUGUAUGCAUCCAUUAAGCGUCCUGGGAUUGUUUUGUGUUGGACAGUUAUUUUUUCGUUGCUUGGUACAAUAGCAAUUACCUCAGUCCCACUAUUUAUGUCUUUUCAGAAAAUGGCGCAGGCGGUAGGAUUAGUGCUUACCAAUACAUUUUGCUAAUAUUUUCCUUGAAGCUGUUGGGUUGUUUUGAAUAUUUUUAUUUUUAAACUUUAUGAAACUCUAUCAAAAUGGUGUCAUAGUAGUUUCAUUGUGUAUUAUAUUCGUAACCAAAUGAUUUGAAGGUCUGUAAUGAUGAUGAUGAUGAUGACAUUUUUAACACACAUUUGUACAUUUUGUAUGAGAGUUAUUACUAGUAAUACUUUAUUAAGUAGUGCAAUGAUUUUUUUAAUCCCUUAUCCCAUCUUUUGGAUUUCAAAAGCUGGUUCAAUAAUAAAUGUAUAACUUCUUCUUCUAAAA